AAAUAAUAUCACGUGAUACAAAAUGGGCAGUCCUCUGACGGGGCUGAAAAAAGCCAUUUUCUGGCGCUGCUGCAAAUUGUAACCAAGUGCUAAGAACGUAUCUGGAUCCUCGUUGGGAGGAGAAAGAAGCGUUGAUGUCAAAUCAGAUUUUCCCAGAUGGAGAAAAUGCAGCCCAAUAGGAUUAAAAUCACAGACCUGAAUUCACAUCUCACUUGUCCACUAUGUGCUGGUUACUUGGUUGAUGCUACGACCAUUGUAGAAUGUCUCCAUUCCUUUUGUAAAACAUGCAUCGUUGCCUUCUUGGAGACCAACAAAUUCUGCCCUCGAUGCGACGUCCAGGUUCACAAGACAUGUCCACAGCUCAGCAUCAAAGCUGACAAAACCCUCCAAGAUGUAGUAUACAAGCUUGUUCCGGGGUUGUUCAAAGAUGAGAUGAAGCGGAGGCGAGAUUUCUACUCCGAGACUCGUGUUCUGGAACCAGGGGAAGUGGUGGAGACGUUUAACAUUGCAGAGGAUGAAAUCAUCAGUCUGUCAAUACAGUUCUACGAGAGGAACAAAACUACCGAGAGGCAGUGUGCAGAGGUGGAUAAAGACAAGUCCAACGGUAAACGCUUCCUGCAGUGCCCAGCAGCCAUGUCCGUCAUGCACUUAGCGAAGUUCCUCAGAAGUAAAAUGGAUAUACCCAGCAACUACAGGGUAGAGGUAUUGUACGGGGAUGAACCUCUGAAAGACUACUACACGCUAAUGGACAUUGCCUACUUCUAUGAAUGGAGACGGACUGGGCCCAUUCCCCUGCAGUACCUGGUCAAGCCCACUAGGAAGCGUAGGAGGCCGUCUCAGUCUGCCGUCCAGGGCCACUCUGAUGGCGUCAACACCAGCCCAACCUCAGAGAGCGAUUCCCAAAGCGACAAAGUCCACAGUCCUGCUUCAGCGCCGCUACCCCGAGCCUCCACGCAAUCCUGUCCUGCGCCUCACAGCCUCUCUCCCACCAUCCAGAACUCCAACGGUACCACUGUGCCCAACAACACUCAGCGACACGCUCUCUCCUCUAAACAGGGAGGCUCCGCUCGGAAGGUGACCGUCAACGGCACAAGCUCGGCGGCCAGCAAAGAGGAUGCCAGGGGAGGAGAAAAAAGUGGGAUGCCGCCUACAACCUAAUGUCUGCUGUGUAUGAUAAUGAGGGAGGACAGUAUUUGGAUUGCUCCCUUCUUUCUACAGAGCAAAAAUACAAACUGGAGCCUUGUUCCUUUUGGACUUAAGAGACAGUUUUCAUCUUUCAACAUGACAGACUCGAGUGUGCAGCCAAAUAGAUACAUGCACGUACGUGAGUGCAUUAGACUAGAACACUGCACACAUAGACUGUACAGUGUGUAUCGAGUGUGGGCAUGUGUGCGUACAUAUGUAUAAACGUAUCUUUUAUACAAGACAUUGUAAUCAUUUUGUAUUGUAUAUGCAGUGGUUGUUUCAUUUCCACCGUUCAAGUUGUACAUUGAUUUGGGUUCUGUAAAAAUUGAAGGAGAACAUUGCUGUGGAAAUAACUGCACCAUUCGAAUAUAAAGGUAAAAAAAAAAAAAAAUAGAGCAAUUCUUGCCUUAUCAUUCAAUAACUGCUGUAUAAGUGUCCAAUAUAAGCAAGAAGUUAACACAUGACUCUCAUGACAAAAACUGUUGAUGCACUUUCCUUGACUCUGGCCACAAGUUCAAACCAACAAGUAUUUGCCACCAUGAGAAGGAGCUUUCACUUUUUAAGCACUCCCACACUCGCUCGUGUGUGCGCACGCGCGCAUCAGACUGCCGUAAUUUUGUCUCAUGUCAGAACUCAAAAGGGAUUUGACUACAUGAACAUGUAUGUUGUUUCAUAAAACUCAGCAUUCCGUAUGUUUCCGUUCACAAAUAAUGCUUUAAAAAACAGCCAUAUGUGCAUGUUUUAGGUCAAUAAAAUGUUUACUACUU